AGCCCUGCUGGCUCAAGUACCCGCUGAAGCUUAAGAUCUUCUAACCGGCAUUUCGCAUUACGCAGUUUCUUGCAGGCAAUGGCGGUCACGAUCGAGGAUCUGGACAAGGAUCAGCGCAAGCGCCUCUACGAGGAGUUCGGGGUGUGGGAGAUUGGGCACACGGUGGGAGUCUUAAACUACACAUUGACAGUAGUAACGGUUGUUCGAUUUCCACAGUAUUUCUGGCUACUUCAUUUGUUGAAGGCCUUGGUCUAUUUGCCAUGGCGUUUCCUCCGUUUUCGGAAGAAGAAUUGGGAAUGGCUCAUGGCAGAUUUCUGUUACUUUAAUACAUAUCUAAGCGUCAUCGGCUGCCUUGCAGCUCUCAUUCGCAUAACCACGGGCUACGAAACCUUUCUUCAUCGCUACAACUUCGAGCUUAUUAGGGGUGGUUUUGCCUUUGCCAAUGGUGCUUUGGCUUUGGCAGUGCCCCUGUUCGGAAACAAGAUUGUGUUCCAUGAUGUGGACAACCUCGCGAGCGUUUACAUUCAUACGUCACCUGGGUUGCUCUUCUGGGCGCUUCGUUGGGGUGGUGGGCACGGAACCUCUCUAAUCGAAAGUACGUGGCCAAACAUGUUCGAAGUUUGCCCCAACAUGCUCGAAGGAGACGCAGCACUCUCAAGCUUGAGGAACAUGCUCUGGUACACUGGUUCAUGCGAGGGCACACUUAUGCAAUUCGUCGUGUAUCCUGCGAUGUGUUGGCUCAUAGUCUGGGGCAUUCCGUACUACCUCGUUGUGCUAUGCCUUCUAAAGGAUUAUCUGGUGCGCAAUAACAAGGAGUCCCUUUAUACGUUCACGGUGGAAGACAAGGAAGGGACUGGCAGAUUCAUAACAAAACUUCCAGAACCUCUGUGGCCACCAGGCUACAUGUUGCAGCACUUCAUGUUUACUUUCACGACCGGCUUCUGCAGCAUCAUCAUGUGGAACUCAUUCAUUAUUCAUUCCUUGUUCAUGUGUUUGAUUAUUUUGCAGGCCUUACAUAACGGCUCGACCUUCAUGUUCCGUGUAGUGGCAGCCAGGCAUGUGCAAGACAAGGUCAGCAGCAUUGCAUCAAAAAGUGACAAGACCUACGAGCUUCUUGGGAAGGACACUUGAUUCAAUGUGAGUGGCUUCCUAGUGGCGGGGCGAGCAUGACUAUUGGAAGGCUUGCUGGAUGUGGGUUUCGCUUGCAGCUGCCCGCUCUCAUGCAUCCGACUGCCUGUGGCGAAUCCCGGCGCCGUGCCAACGCAGCAUCGGCAUGAUCCAUGCAUGAUUCCUGGAUUCUUCAAUUGUUUAAUAACAAACUAGGGGUUUUCACGUGUCGGGCUCUGGGAGGCGAUAGUCGUUCGACACCGUUUCGAUACUUGUCUGGGUGCUCGAAACUAUUUCUGGGAUGUGGUCCUUGAGUCCUGGAGUACGACAGGAGCAACAUAA